AUGCAGGCCACAAAGAACGGGAUCUGUUGGAGACUUUUUCUAUUUUUCUGCGUGCUUUUGGGGAGUUCGUCUCAAGACUUCGGAGGACAGACGCAGUUCAUUUGCACGUCCGUACCCAAGGAUAUGGACAUAUGCGCAGCAACCUUGCAGAACAGCGUGCCGGGGGAGGACCUGAAGACCACGGUCAUGCAGCUGCGGGAGACGGUUUUGCAGCAGAAAGAGACCAUCAUGAACCAAAAAGAGACGAUCAGAGAACUGACCUCAAAGUUGGCUCGCUGCGAGAGCCAGAGCGGCGCCGAGCCCGGGGACGCGCGGCCGGGGGGCAGGAGGAAAGAGGCUGGUGGGACCAAAAACACAAUGGGGGACGUGUCGAGGGGCCCCGCCGACACUUUGUCGCAACUAUCGCAGACUUUACAGUCGCUGAAGCAGAGAUUAGAAAAUCUGGAGCAAUUCAGCAGAAGUAACAACUCGGUGCAGGCAAACAGCUUGAAAGACCUGCUCCAAAGUAAAAUCGACGACUUGGAGAAGCAGGUGUUGUCCCGAGUGAACAGCAUCGAAGAAGGGAAGCCCGGACUCCGGAAUGAGACGGAGCAGCGUGGGAGAGUGGAGUCCACCCUCACAUCGCUCCACCAGAGGAUCACCGACUUGGAGAAAGGUCAAAGAGAAAACAGGCCAUUGGAUAAAUUUCAGCUCACAUUCCCACUGAGGACCAACUACAUGUAUGCAAAAGUGAAGAAGAGUUUGCCAGAGAUGUACGCCCUCACCGUGUGCAUGUGGCUCAAGUCCAACGCGUCCCCAGGAGUGGGCACACCUUUCUCUUACGCAGUACCUGGGCAAGCCAACGAGCUGGUCCUCAUAGAGUGGGGAAACAACCCAAUGGAGAUACUAAUAAAUGACAAGGUUGCAAAGCUGCCAUUCCUCAUCAAUGAUGGAAAGUGGCAUCAUAUCUGUGUAACCUGGACCACUCGUGAUGGUGUUUGGGAAGCUUUCCAAGAUGGUGUCAAGAGGGGGAGUGGAGAAAAUCUGGCUCCUUAUCAUCCCAUCAAACCACAGGGCCUGCUGAUCCUGGGCCAAGAGCAGGACACACUCGGAGGAGGAUUCGAUGCCACACAAGCUUUCGUUGGAGACUUGGCCAAUUUUCACAUCUGGGAUAGGAAACUAUCCGUAGGAGAGAUUUAUAAUCUAGCGACUUGCAGCAGCAAAGCUCAAGUGGGCAACGUUUUUGCGUGGAUGGAGACGAGCCUUGAUAUUUACGGUGGUGCCUCGAAGUGGACAUUCGAAGCUUGUCGCCAGCUCAACUGA